AUGAUGCAGCAUCGACGGCGACAAGCGACCGCCGAAGAGCUGGCACAAGGUCAGAGGGAGAUGAAGGCCGCCGAGGCCAGAAUGAAGAAAGAAGGGAAGAAGAGAGGUGAGCUACCUCUCGAGGACGGGGUGGCCGAAGGGCCACAGGGUGGAAAAGGACCACCAGGUGGGGAUGCGACGUCCACCGACCUGGUCUCGACAAGGUCACCCACUCUCACAGUCCCGUCAACUGAGGAUAGCCACUCUAAGGUCUCAGCCGCGACUUCAUCGACCCCGAGGCCAAAGACUGAAGCUCCGAGUCCAGGAAAGCCAAAGAAAGAAGAAGAAGCUCACAUGAGGACCCCGCAGGUGUUGGGUCCGAAAGCCAUCCAGGACCAGCAGGGUGAAGAUGGAAAGGGAAGUGUGAAGGGAGGUGGUGUUGGUGGGAUCCCCGAAGAAAGUGAAGUCCCUGAACAGCACUCCAUUUGCACACCACCGUUGUUCACGCCUGCCCAGCUUGAUGAUUUGCACCGAGUUCAACAACAGGCACCAUGGCUUUAUGCCAAAGUCGGUACACCAAUGUACGACACCCCAAUGCACUCCAUCCUCGACAGACCAGCCUUCCUCGAGCAAGAAGUGUGGAAAGGAAAGGGUGGAAGAAGGGAUGAUGAAGAAAAAGAAAACCUGAUGUUGCGGGUCCAUGAACGAAUGGAGUUCGAGCGUCAGGAGAAGGAAGAAAUGAUGAUCCAGAUGCAGCAGCUCCUCAGCGAGAACAAUGCUUUGCGGGCUGAGAUGCAAGCAAAACCAAAAGGACCAGUGGGCGGUCCGACCAUGGCCGAUCGACGAAUCAGCCACCUUCUGGAGGAGAAUCAAAGACUCCACCAGGAAGUCAGAAGGCUGUCAUGGGUUCAGCCGACCUCGAAAGAAGAUGAUCCUGUUUUUGCAACGCCAAAUGGCAGCUCCGGAUGCGAUGAACAUGCUGGAGGCCGCGGAAGAACAAAGACAGGAGUGGAAGAAGUGCCAGAAGAUCGACCUCGUGAAGGUGAUGGCAAAGGCAAAGAAGCAGGCCGGGAGGCCACGGGAAAAGGAAGGGGAACGAAAAAGAAAGAAGGUUCCCUAGAAGAUGAUUCAGUGCAUCAACAGACCCUCAAUGUGAUCUUGAAGGUUGUUGAGGGGAUGCAAAAGAUUCAAGAUCGGAUGUCGCAAGGUGGCUCUACAGGUCAAGACCAAGACCCGGAGACAGUGCGACACAGUGUGGACCUGCCAAAGUUGGCAGAGUGGAAUGGAGAGUCAGCUCCGAUUGACUUCUCGGACUGGCUUUUGCUCUUAGCUCCUCUGAUGGCUGACCUCACACCCAGCUCAGAGGAAUGGUGGACUUUGACCUUAGAAGAAGCCCGCCAAUGGUACCAGAAGCACCUUGUGAAAUCUCCCUUGGACAGGCUCACACACCAGAUCGCGCCAAGCACCAAGCUUUCGAUGAGGAAGUGGUCCCGCUUGGAGAAGCGAGCAACUGCAUUGCUGCUGAGCGCUGUCCCAGAGGCCUUGAGAGAAGAGGUUGUGUCAUCGAAGAGUUUGACGGCCUUUGGAAUUUUGGUGAAGGGCAUGAUUGCCUAUCAGCCAGGAGGACUGGCCGAACGACAAGCAAUCUUGGCUGCCUUGGAAAGCCCUGCAGAAGCUUCGACCGUCGGCCAGGGCAUCGUCACACUUCGAAGAUGGUUGAGGUGGAAGCGAAGAGCAGAGGAGGUGGGAGUUUCAAUUCCAGACCCGACCAUUUUGGCUAGGGGUCUUGGACGCCUCAUGAAGAAGCUCAUCACGAUGUUCCCUGAGCUGAACUUCCGACUUCAACUGGUCCGAAGCUCCUUGAUGGUUGAUGCUGUUCCAACCCACGAGUCUGUGUCCAAGUACAGUGAGCAUUUGUUAGCAGAAUUGGAACAAAUGGGUCACCAAGCACGAAAGAAGGACUCAAGUGGGGAAGCAGAGAAGGAGAAGGUCGGAAAGAACAAGAGUGAAGAUGAGGAGGGCGAAGAAGUGCAGCCAUCCAUAAAGGAGUUGCUGAAGGAAGCCAAUGACAUGCUGAAGGGCAUGAAUGGAGGACCAAGUCCAAGUUCCUCCAAUACGUCUCCAUCAUCAAAGGGUGGGGACACGUCAGAAAGAUCCGAAGUGGUGGAACGUCUCCAGCAGCAGCUCAACGCCUUGAAGCAGAAGACCUUCAAACUGAGGCGACUUAAGAAAGGUGAGCGACAAGGUCUUCUUGACUCUGGAGCCACUCAUCCACUUCGACCUGUGAAGAAAGGUGAAGAUGUUGAAAGUUACAAGAGGGUUCAGGUAGCCCUAGCAGAUGGACAAGUCACCAGUCUCCCUAUCUCUCCAGGGGGAGCCAUGGUCUCAGCUGACGCCGACAUCGAGCCGAUCAUCCCAAUGGGGCUCCUGACUGAAAAGCUGGGAUGUUCCGUGAUUUGGUCAAGAAGUCAACUCAGGGUAGUCCACCCCUUGCGAGGAGAGCUGCCUGUUGAAGAUCAAGAUGGAUGCCCUCAGCUGCCACGACAAGUGGCCCUGGACCUCAUUGAGGAGCUCGAGAAGGUGAAGAAAGGAAUGAAGUUGAAGGAGGAGAAUGAUUUUGAAUGGGAGAUCAAGUGGAUGGAAGACUAUGUGAACGCCCAUCCCGUCUUGAGCAGACUCCCCAAGGAAGUGAAAGAAUCGCUGGUGGUCAAGCCGGGUGAAUGGUCAGAUCUCCCAGCCAACAGAAGAAAGCGAAAGGCCAUGAAACGAGAUGGCUAUGUGUGCCACUUGUACGCAGGAGCUGACGAAGGAUUCACCUUUGAAAGAGCCUGGAAGCAGAAAGGAGGUGAAGAACGAGAGCUCCUGGAGGUGGACAUCAAAAGAGGUCCGUGUGGGAAGGGAAGCUUCUUGCCUUGCUAG